AUGAGCUUUGCUUUAUAAGAUGGGAAUGGAAGUGGUGAUCUUCAGCCAAUAAAUAAAGAUGGUGACAUGAAAGCUGCAGGCUUUGUAAGGCGCAUUGCUGGGCUUAUUCGACGAACAUAUGCGCGUGGCGGCUCAGCCCCCACCACCCACCCCUUGUCUCGGCGCUCCUUCGUUCAAUCGCACUUCCACGAACAUCGUCAUUCACCGAACACAGAGUUGAGCGCACCUAUCGAAGGUGAUCGCAUAUUGAUCAUAUAAUGCGUUGUCGACCGAUGUGCGAAAUCAACACCCUACGAGGAUGUCGGCACGGCAACUAAUUCAGUCGUUAUCCGAUAUCGUGCGCGACUCGAGGCUGGAGACGGAAAUCUUCAGCGCUUACACACAACAUACCGUUUACGUAUCCGGUUACUCCGCUCGCGAACGACAUGUGCCAAAAGAAGAACGAUGGGUGCGCGAUCGUUUCCUCGGCCAAGGAGCCUACGGGACAGUGCAUUUGGAACGAUGCGAACAGCGGGAUGGUACCGCGAAAUUGAGGGCUGUAAAACAGAUCAAAAAAUACAACGUUGCGGGGAAAGAGUUAGAGUACAUGAGAGAGCUCGAAGCCAUCUCUAAGUUCUCACACAACCGGUAUUCGCAUUGUUUUGUUCGCUCCCAUGGCUGGUUCGAGAACAGCGAAUCGGUGUUUAUCACCAUGGAAUACCUCGAGAAAGGCGAUUUACACAAAUAUUUGACUAGACCUUUACCAGAAUCGGAAACUAGAGCCAUCACCUCCCAAGUUUUAGAAGGGUUGAAAUUCAUGCAUGAAAAUGGGUUUGUACAUCGAGAUCUCAAGCCUGGAAACAUCAUGGUCGUUACCACAGGCCCAGACUGGUUUGUAAAAAUCGCAGACUUUGGAAUCAGUAAGAGAAGGCAACAAGAUGUCACGAGCCUGCACACUUUACAGAUGGGUACCUUGGGUUUUGCCGCGCCUGAGACGAUGGGAUUGAGGCUGGGUAGUGAAUCGAGAUCCUAUACGGCCGCCGUGGAUCUCUGGUCACUCGGCGCAUGUGUGUACAUCAUGCUCAUGAAUGACCUCCCAUUCUCGAGCAUCGCCGAACUGUUCCAAUACGUCAAUGGAAUGCUUAGCUUCCCAACUCGGAACCUUCAGUCACAGUCCAUCACCGACCAAGGCCAACAAUUCAUCAUUACCCUGAUGUCUCCUGAUCCCAAAGCUCGUCCUUCCUCUGAAAAUGCAGAGACGCAUCCAUGGAUGACGACAGACCUGCCCGCUCAUCUAGGGGAUAUCAAACCCGGGGAUACCAUGUUAUCAGCCGCUUCUGCUGCCUGGAGCUCCACCGCCGAACAAGCUGGGGAACCAACUGAGAAGGCAGUCGAAGCAGACUCAGAGAAGCAAAUCGAGGAACCCGCAAAAGACAAGACGGUGCUGCGUCCAGAAGAUCCCAGAAGGACCUCUCUUUCUCCCUUUUAUCGCCAACCAUAUAUUGACAACUGUAACGACGAAUUUGAAGAAACCAGUGGAGGGCUGUUGCCUACUGAUUCCCCAUACGUGUUAGAUGAUGCAGAUGUUCAUUCGCCAACCAUGUCUGGAGGCUUACCAUCUCAUAUAUCUCUAACCCCGUCUCCAGAACCAAACGACGGGCCUCCAACUAUGCCCCUCAAGAAGUUACCCAACUUAUCACUUGGCGUCCCAGAAGAUUUGUUAACACCGAAUUUGAUUUCGCGCCCAAGGUCCCCAUAUUUCGUUCAGGUGGGAGAGAAAAUGGAUAUUUCCCAUGUCUUAAACCAUGGCCGUUCAAAAAGCACGACGGAGAACGAGAACAGGCUCCAAUACGGUCAUGUAGAUGAUCUCAAGCCAAAUUCCCAGCAUUGCAGGAGUAGCAGUGCUGGAGACGCACCCCAAUCAACAACCGCAGUUGAAGUUGAGGGUUUUGCGAGAGAUAGUAUUAACCAAAACUCCAAACACUCUCCAACUACAGAUAAACAUGGAGUUAGUGAGACAUCAGUCGGUAUGGAUAAGGAAGAGAAUGGUGACGAGUGCGAUACCAAUCGCCAGGCCCUGGUGCUCCACAACCGAGCGUUUUCCAGCAGAGCAAAGACCAACAAGGACCUACCCAAUGAAGUUGAUCCUGAAGCUUAUCGAAAAGGCUUGCUUUAUUUAAAGGGAACUGAAUUCAUGCCAUGCGCCUAUUGCGGACUCCAGUGCCACAUCUUCCACGGUGGGAUUCGACUGGUUCAAUGCGGACACUGGAUAUGUCACUACUGUCUCAUAGAACGGUUUAUAUUGGUGCUCAUAUCGCGAGAUUAUGAACUGCGAUGCUGCGAAAUGGAUAUCAAUCUGAAGUCGUUCAACAGGAUUCUAGUCGACCCCAGAAUCAACCGCCUAUGGUCUGCUAGACGUACCCGAAAAUAUAAGAGAAUACGAUAUCUCGACGAUUUCAUUAUAUCUCUGUACGAGAAGGGGGUGCUCAGGGACUCUAGGAUUAUAGCGGAUAUUCAGGCUAUUACUGGUCUUGUCUUCUUCAAGCAGCCAAACGAAUACGGACCACACGGUACAGGAAGACACCAGGCUUACCCGGAGCCGCCCAAAUUUCCCACGUCUCGACAACCCAGUCCGCGCAUUCGCCCCACAAGGAAGAAAUCCCAACCCGAACUUGAUACAAGCUCGCGAUAUGUUUCCCGGAAACCCCAGGAACCAUAUAUGGAACCAUUUCCAGGAGAAGGAGAAGAGAUAUAUAGUUCGGGUAGUCUCCACCCGCGAUUAGUUAAGAAAUAUACAUCCAUUACCGGCCAUAUCGAUCUACCUUCGAUAAAAACCCGGUAUACUCCGAGACAAUACACCGACGGGGCGAAUCAAAAUCGUUAUGGGGGAGUAUCAGAAGAGGAGGACAGCGAGUUGGAUCCUGUAAUAGUGGACGAUGGGGAGCCGCGUCUUGUGAGCCACAGAUAUCAAGACACAGACCUUAUAGCGCAUAAUGCGGGACAUGCUGGCCAAAAUCCACGCAAUAGGACACCUUACAUAGACAUGUACUCGUGGCUUAACGAGGUUGAAAACGAUGAGAUACCGGAUACCGUAACAUUUCGUUACACAGUGGAAGGCGGGAAAGCUGUCAGGGUUCCGCAUGAUCCAUAUCAAGUGUAACAUAAUUCAUUACAAAUAAAUGUCAUCGCGAGCCUCUCCCACUUCGUGUUCACAUCCACCUCUCUGUACAACGAUCCAGACUAGCUUCGCGGUUUCCCACUGCAAUACAGGGGAGACACCUUGCUGAUCAUCUUGGAUUACCUGU